ACGUAUGGUUACGUUGUGCAACAGACAGUCAACAGAGGAAAAGACCAACCGCUUCCGUGUUGUUCCUGUGUUGUUUUAGCAAACAACUAGCUUUACGUGACUCAGAUUGCAUUUGACAGUACUUCGUGGGAUGAAUAUCAUGCUUUAAUAAGCUCGUUAUACAGCUUAUCUUAAUCAUCCGAAAUGUCGCUGCUACAAAGCUCAAAGAAGAAGGACAGACGGAUUUUAUCUGGUACCUGUCCAGACCCCAAAUGCCAGGCGAGGCUAUUCUUCCCUGCUUAUGGUUCGAUUAGUAUUGAAUGCACAGAAUGUGGCCAGCGCCACGAGCAGAAGAGCCUCUUAAAUGUCGAAGAGGUAACCGAUCCAGAUGUGGUUCUACACAAUCUUCUCAGAAACGCCUUGCUCGGCGUGACUGGGGCCCCGAAGAAAGGCACGGAGUUGGUGAAAGUAAUGGGGCUGUCCAAUUAUCACUGCAAGCUUCUCUCCCCCGUCUUGACCAGAUAUGGUAUGGAUAAACAAACCGGCAAAGCCAAGCUCCUCAAAGACAUGAGUCAAGGUGACAUGUUUGACUGUUCACUCCUCGGGGACAGAGCUUUUCUCAUCGAACCAGAACAUGUGUCAACUGUUGGGUAUGGCAAGGACCGAUCAGGUAGUGUACUAUAUCUCCAUGACACAUUGGAGGAGGUCAAGAAAGCCAACGGUAACAGAGAAUGUCUCAUCCCUGUGCACGUGGACGGAGACGGACACUGCCUGGUCCACGCCGUGUCCAGGGCCCUGGUGGGCAGGGAACUGUUCUGGCACGCCCUGCGUGAGAACCUCAAGCAGAACUUCAAACAGAACCUGGGCCGCUACAAGGCCCUCUUCCAGGACUUUAUCGAUGCGGCUGAAUGGGAGGACAUCAUCAAUGAGUGCGACCCUCUGUUUAUUCCGCCCGAGGGCGUUCCUCUGGGCCUGAGGAACAUCCACAUAUUCGGCCUGGCCAAUGUCCUGCACCGGCCCAUCGUCCUGCUGGACUCCCUGAGCGGGAUGAGGAGCUCGGGGGACUACUCCGCCACGUUCCUCCCAGGCCUGGUACCGGAGGAGCAGUGCAAGGGCAAGGACGGGAAGCACAACAAGCCGAUCUGCAUCGCCUGGAGCAGCUCGGGCCGGAACCACUACCUCCCCCUGGUGGGCAUUAAAGACACGGUGCUCCCCAAGCUCCCAGCCCGGCUCCUCCCCAAGGCCUGGGGCGUCCCCCAGGACCUGAUCCGGACCUACAUCCAACUGGAGGCAGACGGCAGCUGUGUGAUCGGAGGCGACCGCAGCCUGCAGGACAAGUACCUGAUGAGGCUGGUCAACGCCAUGGAGGAGGUCUUCAUGGAGAAGCACGGCAUCCAUCCCUCCUUGGUAGCCGACGUGCACCAGUACAUCUACCGGCGCACCGGGGUCAUCGGCGUGCAGCCGGAGGAGGUGACGGAAGCGGCCAAGCGAUCGGUCCAGGAGAACCGUCUCCACCGCUGCCUGAUCUGCGGCGCCCUCUCUGAGCUCCACGUGCCGGGCGAAUGGCUGGCCCCCGGAGGGAAGCUCUACAACCUGGCCAAAGCCACCCACGGGCAGCUCCGACCCGACAAGAACUACAGCUUCCCGCUCAACAACGUGGUGUGCUCCUACGAGCCGCAGCGGGACCUCCUGGUGCCGGACUACAAGCUGAGCUCCCUGGGCACCUGCAACUGGUGCCACGGAACCUCGGUGCGCCGCAUCCACGGCGACGGCUCCGUGGUGUACCUGGACGGGGACCGGACCAACACCCGCUCCCAGGGGGGGAAGUGUGGCUGUGGCUUCAAGCACUUCUGGGAGGGGAAGGAGUACGACUGCCUCCCCGAGGCCUUCCCCAUCACCCUGGAGUGGGGGGGCUGCGUGGUCCGAGAGACCGUCCACUGGUUCCAGUACGAGAUGGACGUGGCGCUGAACAGUAACGUUUACGACGUGGCCAUGAAGCUGGUCACCAAGCACUUCCCGGGGGAGUUCGGCAGCGAGCUCCUGGUGCAGAAAGUGGUGAACACCAUCCUGCACCACACAGCCAAGAAGAACCCCGAUGAGUACAACCCCGUGUCCAUCGACGGGGCUCACGACCGGAGGCUGGACGAGGUGGCGGAGGGCCAGCAGCCCAUGGACACCCAGCCCCCGACCAAGAUCAUCCUGACGGGCCAGAAGGCCAAGACGAUACACAAGGAGGAGCUGACCAUGAGCCGGGCGGAGCGCGCCCUCCAGCAGAGCAUCAGCGAGAACGCCUCCAGCCAUCAGAAGAGGAGGACCGACCGGCUGAAGCAAGAGCAGAACCACGGGCGUCCGUCAUCCCCCGCCGCGACGCCGGCGAUCUCCUCGUCCUCCGCGCCAGCCACGCCCACCAAAGCCACCUCCUCUCCCGCCUCUAUUAAGGAAAAGAAGAUCCGCGUGACCACCAGCGACGGCCGGCAGGCCAUGCUCACGCUGCAGGCACACACCACCUUCCACGAGCUGCAGAGAAGCAUCGCCAAGGAGUUCUCCCUGCCCACGUCGCAGCAGUGCAUCCGCCACGGCUUCCCGCCCAAAGAGCUCACCCCUCCGAAGAGCGGCGAGGAGACCCAGGCCGUGGCCCUGCAGCACGGGGACCGGGUGGUAGUGGAGAUACUAAGGGCCCCCGAGCAGAAGCAGGGGCCCGUCUCCCGGUUCUCCGGCUCUCAUUCCAGCGUCCACGCCGUGAAGAGCGACGCUGCGGCGAGCGGCAGGAUGAACGACGGGGAGCUCCAGGACAACAUCGACCUCGAGAUGUCCUCCCUCUGUCUCCUGGCAACCCUGAUGGGUGAAGACGUGUGGUCAUACGCCAGGAAGCUCCCUCACCUCUUCCAGCAUGGUGGAGUUUUCUAUAACAUCGUCCGGAAGGAUAUGGGCCUGAUGGACGGGAAGCACUGCACCCUACCUCACCUGGCGGGGAAGACGUUUGUGUACAACGCGGCCGAGGACCGGCUGGAGCUGUGCGUGGACGCGGCGGGCCACUUUGCCGUGGGCCCGGACGUGGAGGAGCUGGCCAAGGAGGCCCUUCUGCAGCUGCGGUCCGAGGGGUCCCCCCGGGGGGGGGGCAGCCGCGAGGGGAGCCCCUCCCACGGCUUGCUCCGGCUGGGCAGCGGCGGCGUGGUCCGCAGGAAGGAGCAGACCGUCGCCGCCUUCCAGGGGAAGGGCCACUCCCUGGGCAGCGUGGAGGACGCCUCCCCGCCGCAGCGGCCAAUCACGCGGCAGCACAGCAGCGGCGUGGACCUGAGCGCUAGCGUGUCCCGAGACCCCCCCGCGCUGUCGGACAUCAGCGAGGACGCGGGCAAGGAGCUGGUGCGCAUGGCGCCGGGCUUUGUCACCAUGCGGGAGGGCGGGCCGCUAGAGCCCGGCGCCAUGGAGCAGCAGCGGAGGAAGCUGCAGGAGAUGGUGUCCUCCAUCCAGGCCUCCAUGGAGCGCCACCUCAAGGAGCAGCAGAGCCUGGCCGCCACGCCCGCCGCGGGGCCAGGUGAGCGGACAGGUGGGGCCCGGGCGGGGGGGCCAGGGAGCGACCCCGAGCCGUCGGCGACGAUGGACGUGUCGGGCGGGGGGCCCCAGAGCGGCACGCCGCCCGACCAACCGGACGGAGGGACGUCGGGGGGCGCCCAGGAUAACCAAGACGCAGAGCCCAUGGAUCACUCCUGAUCUGGGGACGCCCCUGUGCCUGGCCGGCCGGCGCCCUGGGUCUCGCCGGCCAGCCCCCCGGGUCCACGUUGUGUUCUUCCUCUCGUCUUUACUGCAUGACUAGAGCGGGUUGCCUGUUCCGAAACUCCCCGUAGACUGUCUCAUCUUAUCGCUGAACAGAAACACGCACUGACCCCCCCCAGGCCGGCCCAACGCGCUCCGGAUCGGCCGGAGCGGGGACUGCAUUCCUGUAGAUAGAGGAAUCUUUUUUUAGUCUUUAAGUAUAAGGUUGAGUUGGAGCUGGCGUCAGUUCAGACUGGAUCUCCCCCAUGGGGGUCCUUGAGGGCCCAUUAGCCUCCUCGCUUUCAGAGGGGGGGCCAACGUCAGGCACCAGGGGUCAGGGGUUUUAUCGCCUGACCUUUAAUUUUCUCUCGUUUCCUUUCUAUCAAAAGGUUGCCCUACAAUCCUCGUCCCGAUUACCAUUACAGUCUAACAAUAGUACCAAUAUUUCCCUCUGAUAUUCGAUUGGUUUGGCAAAUGUAAUUCUAAAUGUUGCUAAAAAUGCAAUACAUGAUAAUGCUAAUGCUGUUCAACCGUGUAGUUAUAAACCAGGGAUGUUUGAGUUUAACUUCCCCAAGUUAUUAUUAUUAUAAUAAUUAUGGUUAUUAUUAUUUGUGCCAUAAAAUGGCUCUUUGGUUAAAGUUUUGUGUUGUGUAAAAUUUCGUCUACAACCUACAAUGAGAUAUGGCCAAAGAAUGAAAAUUACAAGUUACAAUUGGAAAACCUUGAUUGGGCAUUUCAUUGUUUAUUUUCCUCCUCCUAUGCAAACGCUCCACUGCGCUUUCAAAAUCUAUAACACCAACCCCUGCCCCUCCUUCCCUCACGAAGAAGGAAGAAUGUCUCCGCAUGGACUGCUCUACAUGAGAGAUCAAAUGACCUCGGUCUGAAUAUCUGUGAAACAACAGUUCAACAUAUAAACUCUCGCUACCUUCUUAAAAUAACAAAAUAAAACUAUUAUAACAAAUAAUAUUUUUCACCUGCAUCUUACAACGGUGUCUGUGUAGACUGGUCAUUGAUGGUGGCUGCAGUAGAUCUAUAUUCGUCCAGUAUUUGGUUUGCUGAAAACACAAAGGAAUGGAGGAAGGUUCAGUCAAAUCUUAACUAAUGUGUUGGAAGUCCAGCCAGGUUUUUCAUUUUCUCUUUUUUUUGCUGCCAAAUAGUUAUUCUAACCUUCACCGUGCACUUAAAAAGACCCAGUAUUGUCAAAAUAAGCACCACCAUACAUUGUAUGGCCUUAAAAAUGAAUUUGCCACUGGAUACCUUUAGCUGCGUAUUAGUGGCGGGUGUCCCCUGCUCCAGUCGAGAAGAGGUUGUUCCUACCUGUCACAGACGGCGGCCAUUUACUCCCUUUUAUAAGCUUGAUUUUGUUUUGGAAGAACUAUUCUAUCCAAAACUAUUUUAGUGUCCCUCAGUUAAGAGCCAACUUGUUAAACAAAUACAUCAGGAGACAAGAGGAAUCUAUACCACCAACACUAAUUAUUGUUCCCCUUGGGCUACUGUGCUGACAAACAACAUUGUAAUUAAGUAUCUCACUGUCUCAUAGGAGUCCAUAUUGUAGUAUAUUUCGACAUGUACAGAAACACUCCAGCUCCUCCUUUUGUUUGCUACUAAAACAUCCAAUAUCCCAAUGCUUUAACAUUGCUGUUUGCAUGUCUGAUAAAUUAUUAAUCGAACAAUAAAAGGCCUUCCUUCA